GAACUGGAUACAGAUCAAGUUUUGAAGCAUUUAAAGUACAUAGAGAUGUUGAGGCCUAGGCUUGCUGCUAAAAGGCGCAAAUUGGAUAGAGCCAAGAACGAUGUUGGUUCACAUGAUCUUACCAAGGAUAUGAGAAAUACAAGAACUCCAUAGUUCACUUCUUGCUCUGUAUCUUUGUUUAUUUGAGAGCAUACUACAAGUUCGAAAAAAGUCUAAAAUGUACAAACACUGUAGAGGCUGGUAUUGUGAUAGUCGGCAAAAUUAUCGAAGCAAAAUAUAUAGUUGAAAAAGAUUGAGCUGCUGGCCUCUGACUUCGUGCUUCACCUGGUUUUCAUCUUUGUUUGUUGAUUUGUGAUGUCUUCAUUUCUAACUAGUUUUGCCGUCAUCUGCUUAUUGGCCCCCAAUCUAGGGUUUCUUGGGGACGAUUGAAUUGGAAAUUUUUGGUAUAAUAGCUGCAGAAAGGAGAGUAUUAAUGUAUGCUUACUAAUAUUUUCCAUUUUCGAGCUGUUGAUGUGUCCAUUCAGCAUUUCAAUUUUGUAUACAUCUCAUCAAUUUUAUUUAUUUUUCCUUUGUUUAUUAUUA